GACGCGCUCAGUCCAGCACGAGGCGCAGACGUUCCCGCUUCUCUCCGUUGCUCGUCGUACCGUACCGGCGUGAGAGCUGGGACACUGCCCCGGGCAUUGAAAUCUGAGCAGUCAGCCGCUUUGCGCGUCUCACACGAGCCAGAAAGAGGAAGGCUUAUCUUUCCAUCCGGCGCCAGAGCUCUUCAGCUUCAACGAGGGCACGCGCGUGCCGAGUACCUAAAGCGCGCCAGGAGUGGCACCAGCAACGGCUGUGCGUGCGAGUGGGCUUCUUAGACCCUAAAUCCUUAAUCUAAUAUUUAAACAGGCUGGGAUCUCUCUCUCUUUAUCGCGUCAAGACGCAGGGAGUACAAUAUCUUUCUGAGGAGUACCGACAAAUCAUCGGACCGUUUGUUGCGUCCUCUCUACAAAGCUCCACGGAAAUUCGAAUUGAAACUGUCUUUCUCUUUCUUUGCAGAAGGGUCCCAUAAGUAUGUAUAAACAAACAUGUAUUCCACCCUGCUAGAUUCCCAACCGGACCUACAGUAGAAAUCUAGACGUAGAGAAGUAGUCUGUUUUAUUUAGUUUCAGUGAUUCUUUUGGUUGAGUGUUAAUGGAGCAAGUAAUUUAAGACUGCUGACAGAUUCUCUCUCCUCUCGCCCAUGACACCAACUCCUGGAUUUUAAGAUUUCCGGAGAAUGGUAAAUGACCGAUGGAAAAUCAUGAACAGCGUUUCAGAACUCGAAGAUGGACAGCAACAUAAAGCGCAGAGGGUGAGCUGCAGCUACCUGGUGUGCACCAUCUUGCUGUUCGUGGCCGUUCUGCUGGCCGUCACGGUGACCGGCUGCAUCCUGCUGAUGAACCACUAUCAAGCCCCUCCCCCUGGGCCCGACGCCCCGCCCCUCAUCAGCACCAACCCCGACGAGGGCAACGCCCUGGUCACCAUCGAGCGUGGCGACGGCUCGCGCAUCAACGUCUUCAUCGACCCCAACUGCCCCGACUACAACGCCAACUUCCUGCGUCUGGAGGGCGUGCAGACGCAGCUCUUGCACUCGCUGACGGACCACGACUCCGACCUGAAGUCGGCCAAGGGGCAGGACCGGGCGCUGCUGGUCAAGCUGGCGGAGGAGGUGGCCAAGCUGGCGUCGCACGCCACGCAGCUCAAGAUGGAGUACGAGGCGCUCAGGAGGGGGCAGAGCAACAUCGGGCAGGAGCUCAACGGCCUGCAGACUGACCAGCAGAGACUCAUACAGCUCCUCUCUGAGAGCCAGGUGAACAUGGUGAAGGUGGUGAACUCUGUGAGCGACGCACUGAACUCCAUGCAGAAGGAGACGGGCAGCAUCAAGAGCCGUCUGAAGGCCGACCUGCAGAGAGCCCCCAUACGCAUCCCCCGGCCCAAGGGCUGCGCCAUCGGAGAGGGUGCCAGGCCGCGGGACUGCAGUGAUAUCUAUGCGAGUGGUCAGAGGGAGGACGGCAUCUAUUCCGUGUUCCCCGUCCACUUCCCUGCUGGCUUCCAGGUCUACUGUGACAUGACCACCGACGGGGGCGGAUGGACGGUGAUUCAGCGACGUGAGGACGGAUCGGUCAACUUCUUCCGGGACUGGGAGGCGUACCGCCAGGGCUUCGGCAAGAUCACCGGCGAGCACUGGCUGGGUAUGAAGCGCAUCCACUCACUCACCAUCCAGGCCAACUACGAGCUGCGCAUCGACCUGGAGGACUUCGAGAACAGCACGUCCUUCGCCCAGUAUGCCUCCUUCGGCGUGGGGCUGUUCUCCGUGGACGCCGACGAGGACGGCUACCCACUGACCGUGUCCGACUACUCCGGCACCGCAGGUGACUCUCUGCUCAAGCACAACGGCAUGAAGUUCACCACCAAGGACGUGGACAACGACCACUCGGAGAACAACUGCGCCGCCUUCUACCAGGGCGCCUGGUGGUACCGCAACUGCCACACGUCCAACCUGAACGGCCAGUACCUGCGUGGGCAGCACACGUCCUACGCCGACGGCAUCGAGUGGUCCUCCUGGACCGGCUGGCAGUACUCGCUCAAGUUCACCGAGAUGAAGAUCCGCCCCACCAGGGAGGACAACCAGUGAGCCCGGCCGCCGACCGACCACAGGAUGAGGAGAAGGAGAGAGAAGUGGACGAAGGGAGACGUACGACAAACCAACCCCUCUGUGUGUGAUCUAGUGUGAGAGACACUAACGCUGACAACGAGAGAACUUUACGGACGAUGAUGAUGAUGAUGAUUUAGUAGCCUCUAUACCAUGUGACCCCAGCUCUGUUCCGAUCCUCCUGAUCCUAUCCCAGGAUUCCUUAACCUCCGCCCGCCCCCGGUCAGACCCUGUGGUCAUGUCGUUGUGUUUUCGUGCUCGAGCCGAUUUUAAAAGGCAGCUCUCUGCUCUCACUCUCUUGGUCAUGUCUUUAAAUAUUAUGAAGACGCAUUUCAGGUUUUUGUCCUUAACAAAUGUGUUUUUUGUUUGUGUGUUUGUUUUUUUUUAAAGAAAAAAAGUAAAAAAUAUAAUGAAAGCUGUGACAUUUAGCAAUGUUCCAUGUAGCAUUUUAAUUUAGGACAUGGACACUUCUCCUCAUUGAUAGGUAUGAAUACUACUGAACAGGUGUGUGUCAUGCAAGAGACACACUGAUCUCUCCUCUCCAGAGCCAUUAUUUGUGCUGCAGUGUUUAUAGACGUGUCCGAUUUCUAACUCCGUGUCUGGGGCUGGUCACUGCAGUGCAUGUGCGGAGCUGACGUCCAUCUGAGCGCUUUAACGCAGGACUGCCCUCACCUGACGUCCGUCUGAACGCUUUAACGCAGGACUGCCCUCACCUGACGUCCGUCUGAGCGCUUUAACGCCAGACUGCCCUCACCUGAGCGCUUUAACGCGGGACUGCCCUCACGUGACGUCCGUCUGAACGCUUUAACGCCGGACUGCCCUCACCUGAGCGCUUUAACGCGGGACUGCCCUCACCUGACGUCCGUCUGAGCUCCAAACUCCCAUGCGUCUCUCGGCUUGCUUACUUCUGAUUAAUCUGGUGAAGUGUGGGAAGCCACGGAGUUUGGAGUGCGGUAGCAAUCACACCUGCAGUAUGUGACAGCGGUCAAACGCAAGCUCUCCGCUCGCUUAGUUCUGAUUGGUUUCUGGCAGCGUGGAGGCCGAGAGGCGUCUUAAACAGGGUAAGGCGGCGGUCACUCUGGGGGGCGGGCCACACUUGUACAAAUUUCUAUCUGGUUGCUAAGUGAUGAUUAAUGCCUUCAG